UGAACUUCAUCGUGACAUCUCACGGCAGUUGCUAGUACGAGUGGAAAGGUGUCCUGAUUAGUGAAAUUGAAGUUUAUUGAGUCACCGUGCAUGCUGGAAAGCGAGCGUGUUGAAGAAAAACUGCAUCCAACAGACUCAAACCAUGACAACAGACUCCUCACUCCUCAACUCUGAACUGGAGUUACAGCAGCAAGAGGAGCUGUAUCAACAGCUGCUGUUACAGACAAUGGGAAAGAUGCAGACUGAAAACCCAGAUUCUAAAGUAAUCCGACCACAACCUGGCAUCUGCGUCAAGACUCUCUCAGAGCCAGACAAACAGAAGGUGUUUGUCAACAUCUGUCAGUCAAACUCAGUCCCGCCUCCACCAGAACUUUCAAGAGAGGAGCUUGUGGAACUGCUUCAAUCAGAGGAUCCCAGUGGCUACAGAGUUCCCAUGAGCCUUGGCGAGCCACACACAGAAGUAGACAACAGCUCUCAGGGUUGCACGGCUUAUGAUGUGGUCAUCAACCAGGAGUUCUUCCAGAGGUGCCAGAAGGAUCCCUUGUUCCAGCAGUUUGUUAUUCUGGUGUCUUUAGAGGGUUUGGAGAACAAAUACAACAUGGAGCUAAGCAGAGACUGGAAGGUAAUGAAGAACAGAAAGUUCCUGGGCUCUGUUAGCGAGCAAAACAUUCGGACAAAGAGCAGACCAGUGAUCCAAGAGCUGCAGCCUCAGGAAAUCUCCACUGCUACAGUGAGACGACCAGAAUUCACUUUGCUUGCGGAGCCUCCUGCUGGUGACCCUGAGUACCUCAUAGCAGAGAUAAAGCUACCCGGGGUGCCAUCAUCUCGCUCUCUGGUUCUGGACGUUGGAGAGGACCGGCUGGUGUUGACAGCCCGGCCCUCGCUCUUCCACCUCGACAUCUGCCACCCCUUCCUCAUCGAUCAAGAGAACAGCGUGGCACAGUACAACAAAAGCACUGAGAUCCUGACAGUCACUAUGCCCGUGGUGUCCUCAUGAAACUGGAGAAGUUAUGUCCAGUCAAUUAAUUUAUUUACUUUGUUUUUGUUUAUUUUUGUUGAUGCUGUGCUAAUAAAAGCGUUUUUCUAUGAGGUCA